AUGUCUCUGUUGACAUUGAUUGGUCGUGUUCGUGAUGGGUUGAUCCUGGCCACGUCCAUUGAAGGUGCUGAUGGCGGGGACAGCAACUUGGUCAAGUACACAAAUCAGGCAAAAAUGCUCUUCAAAAAAUUGAACCCCACCGACGCAGCUCAUACCUUCGAAAGCGGUCCCUACCAAUUCCACUAUGUCAUCAAGGGAACGAUCUGCGCGCUGGCGCUCUGUGACCGCCAAUACCCCAGAAAACUUGCCUUUUCUUUUCUGGAUGAUGUAGCCAACGAAUUCCUCAACCAGUACGCGUCAAAGAUAGAUACCGUGAGUCGGCCGUAUCAUUUCCUCGAGUUCGAUUCCUACAUUCAACAAGCCAAGCGAAAGUAUUCUGAUCGAUCUCGUUUCGCGAUGCAGGAGGUUUCGUCUGAGCUAAAGGACGUAACAAGGAUCAUGAUCAGCAACAUUGAAGAUGUCAUUCAUCGUGGAGAGGCAUUGAAUAUCUUGGAGGCAAAAGCAAAUGAUCUCUCUGGUCUCUCCCGCAAAUAUCGUGAAGAUGCAAAGGCUCUCAACCGCCGCUCGACCUGGCUGAAAGUGGGCGCUGGCAUGACCGUCCUCUUUUUCUUCGUGCUGCUCUGGCGUUUCUUCUUC